GUGUCACGCAAGACGUUGGUUCCGGAAGGAGCAUGUUGCACUCGGAUUGUUUGGAGGUGACGCCUCCAGUUGCUAUGGAAACAGCACGCCUGCCCUCUCAAACUGCGACAGGGCUUCAGAAAGUCAAAAGAAACUUCUGAAAAGUGUUACUGUAGGCCUUCAAUUUUAUGACAGACUUCACAAUUACCCGUUCAGCUCUCGAUUACAGUCGAUAGAUCCUUUAAAAAUAAAGCACAGAUGAACAGAUUACAGUGUGUUGGGCGGCUGUCAGGAGUCUCAUCAAAAGACAAUGAAAAGGAGGUUGCACCCUCAAAACCAGUGAUUGGCAGCUCAACAGAUCCAGUGGCAAAAGAAUCAGUGGAAUGGAAACCAGAGCAGCAGAAACCAAAACCCAGCGGGAGGACAAGAGGACAGGAUUUAUCUAUAAACUAUGAGACAACAAAUAUCAAAGCUCCAAGUUCCACAAGGCAACCGAUAGCAAAACCCAGUGAAAAGAGAGAAAAGCAGGAUCCCUCUAUAAAGACAGAGGGGAAUCCUUCCCUAAACUCUGAAACAUCAAGUACCUCUCACAAAGAACACAAUUCCAAGAGCAGCAGAGGGUAUAAUGCCUCUAAAGCUCCGUCCUUCAGAAAUGUAACCACGCAUGGACAUAAACUACCUAAACAGGUCCCCCCUAUGAUGACAGAAAAGCAAGGAGAAUGUGAAGUCCAGUCAGAAAGUGUGCUUGAAAAACAUAUCCAGGCCCCUCAAGUAGUGUCGUCUGCAAAUGACCAGGAUCCUCAUGAGGCCCAAAGUGAAGAGGAAGAGACCGAGAGCGCAGAAGGACACGUGCCUCUAGAACUGUUUGCAGAGUUUCUACAGGCUGUGAUGACAAAGAAUUAUCCACUCGCCAAGAAGCUCUGUCAGAUGAUUUUAAUUUAUGAGCCCCAAAACUCAGAGGCUAAGAGCUUCCAGCCUCUCAUUGAAGAAAAGUUACUGAUUGAAGCGGAGGAGGAAUCGGAUGAUGAUGAUGAUGAUGAAUUUGACACAUCUGAUGAUGAUGAAGAUGACGUUGAGGAUGAUGACGAUGAGUCCACAGAUAGCUCUGACACAGAUGAAGAGUCCACUGAAAGCACAGAUGAUACAUUAUCAUCUUAAUCAUGAAUAAACAACAAACAAUCUAGUGAGGUGCGUUUCCC